UUCAUGUUUUUAGAAUGACUAGAAUCAUAGAAUUGUAAACACUGGUCUUCAUGAUGGCACCGGUAGGACUCCAAUUUUACUGCAAUAUCCGAACAGCGCCACGAGAAGAAAGCUCCUGCAGGCUGCAAUGCUCAGGCUGGCCUACUAGGUAGGUAGGAUACCUAGCGGGUGCCUAGGGCCUACUAGAUAGGUAACUAGCGGGUGCAUUUGCACAGCUCCAAAGGCUUUUGUCAGCCGCCUGUCACAGUCGCAGAGUCUGUGACUCUGAGGUGGAUUGUGUUCAGAACAGGUGAUAUCAGGCCACAUUUUGAAGAGAAAGCGAGAAGUUGGAACGGACGCAAAGCACCAGCCAUGGCGGCUUCGGCAGUUGCGCAGCAGGCGGCAUUGCAAUGCUCAGCCCUGCAAUCGAUUGAUUCGGCAGCAAGGAGCUCCAAGCGCACCGUAGUCUGCCAGCUCCAAGGGCAUCGAAGCCAGCGAGCGGGUGUAAGAAGCCACCUACAAAAAAGCAAGUCGCCACUCAUCCGGUCAACCUUCGUUUCUGGGGCUCCUCUAGUUUCUCCUAGCGCUUUGACUCGGACGGUGUCCGCUCCGACUCGACGGAGUGUUCGGUGCAUGGCUGAGCCCGAUGCACAGUCAACCAAUGCUUCCGGUGCUGACGUGUGGUUGGGUCGGGCGGCUAUGUUAGCAUUCACGGCGGUCCUGACAACCGAAAUCGUAGCAGGCAAGGGGGUUUUUGCGUUGGCGGGCUUAGAGACGCCCUCUCCUGGGCUGGCAAUUGCAGUUGCCAUCGUCCUGGGGGGAGGAGCUGCAUUCUCGGUGCUCAAGUCGCUCUUCAAGUAGGGACAGCCUAGAAACUUCUCCUCUGCAGCCGGUACUUGGACAGGGCUCUUUAGUCGAAGCCUUUUUGCUUUUAAGUGGUGAGUUAUUCUAUGAUUAUGUCACGAGAGUGCGGUGAUGAUUCAGAAGGAUUUCCUGAAGCGUCUAAUCAGGCAAACAGGGUGCUGCUUGCCCUCUGUCACCUUCAAUCAUUCACUUCCCGGGAAGGGACAAAGCAGAUCAGAUUCGGGCUUGCGAGGUACUGGUAUGCACUUGACCGAUCUUCAUAGAUGCAAUAUGCUUGUGAGUUGACCAGUGCCAAAGGCCCAUCGUGGGGCUUGGCCUAAAUUCGGCCACAGCG